AUGAUAUUGUCAUCAUCAAAAGAGACCUAUGAAGACAUAAUUGAUCAAACUUCAGCUCUAUUGUCUACAGCGAUAGAAAUAUCUAUUUCAUCAUCUAAAGAAUUUCAGAAAUCGACUUCAUCAUCCGUAGAUGUUGACAUUUCUAAUAUACCGUCAACACCCACGUCAAUAUCAACUGAUGAAGCUAUCAAUAUUAUUCUUUUUAGUGAAAGACGUGUUGAAAAAUCGACUUUUAUUCAUGCUUUUGCUAAUUAUCUCGCAUUCAACGUACUCGAGGAAGCUCAGACUAGUCAAACUAUUGUACUCAUACGUGCUUCAUUUAUUAUGAUCCCGAUCGUCAAUAAGUUUGAAGAACAUACUGUUAAAUUUAAUGAUAUAGAUGAUUCAAGUAAUGAAUACUUUGAUCAUACAGGUCAAUCGCGAAACGAAAUGUUAUAA